CUGUUUUCUGAUAUCUCUCUCCCUCUUCCUCGGGUAUUCACUCUCUCUGCAUGUCAACUUUUCGAAACAAAAAUAACCGGCUAUUUGUUUAAGUCCAUGUUUUUUAAUUAUCUAAACAUAUAUUGUUUAUUUUUUCUGUUAGGCCAAAAGAGAAAUGGAGUGCGUGGAGGCAGCGUUGAAGACCAGUUUUAGAAAAGAAAUGGGCGUAAAACUGAGCCCCCAAAGCUUCAUUGAGGAGUUAAGCGUGCAAAAUGAGGCCUCCUGCAAUGAGUUUUUCGUGGACGACCUCCUUGACUUCUCGAACGUGGAAGAAGAACCAGAGCAGCAACAACAACAACAACAAAAGGAACAAGAUUCUGCAAGUGUUUGUGUCUCCCUUCAACAAGGGAACCAAAGCCACGAAGUUUGUGACUCUUUGAAAAACGACUUCGCCUCCUCUGUGCCCACAAGCGACCUAAGCGUUCCGGCGGAUGACGUGGCGGACUUGGAGUGGUUGUCUCAUUUCAUAGAGGAUUCCUUCUCGGAAUUCUCUGCGGUCUUCCCCACCGUAACUGAGGUAACCAAAGACCCAGAGCCUGAACCGGUUUUCACAUAUCCAUGUUUCAAAAGCCCGGUUCAGACCAAGGCAAGAAGCAAGCGAACCAGGACCCGUGUUCCGCUUUGGCCACUGGCUUCACCUUCCUUCACGGACUCAUCCACCGCAACCACCGCCACCUCCUCCUCCUCCUCUUCCUCCUCCUUCCCCUCCAGUCCCUUGCUUAUUUACACCAAUUUAGCCCAAACCCUUGACCAAGUUUCCUCCGAGGCAACCCCUCCAGUGAAAAAACCGAAGAAAAAAACAUCUUCCGAGAGUGCAACAACCCAGGCGCCACGACGGUGCAGCCAUUGCGGUGUGCAGAAAACCCCCCAGUGGCGAACUGGGCCGCUCGGCCCAAAAACGCUUUGCAACGCAUGUGGGGUCCGGUACAAGUCGGGUCGGCUUUUACCCGAAUAUAGGCCCGCUUGUAGCCCCACAUUCUCCAGUGAAUUGCAUUCGAACCACCACCGUAAAGUGCUGGAGAUGCGGCGGAAGAAGGAGACAGUGGGUGGGGUUGAGACAGGUUUAGCCCCUACUCCUGUUGUUCCCAGUUUUUGAUUUAUUAUUAAUUAUUAAUUAAAGAAAAAGAAAGAACUAGGUAGAGAUUAGGGGUUAGAGAAGGUAGCGCAGACUUAGACCCGGUUCAAUGGGACCCGAGUUAGUGUACAUUUUUUUCCUUGUAUUGAAUGCGGUAGGAGUUAGGCUUUGUAACUGAUUAGGAAACUUUGAUU